CAUUAAUCUCUGCACUGAUUUUAAUAGAGUUUUGAGAGUUUGAUAAGAGGUUUUGAGACAUUAAUAGUGAUUUUGGUGUGUUUUUAGAGUCUGUAUUUGAACUUCCUGUUUCACCUGUUCGGCAGGUAUCAAAUACUCUCAAACAUGGAGGACAAAUACAAGCAGCGACAUAAACGCGACUAAUAUCUGCUCAAAUAUCUGCUCAUAUUCACUCAUAAGCACUCGUAUGUGAUUAUAUAUGUGCUAUUGUUUAUCAUGGAUGUAAAUGGAAGCUCGUUUAAAGGAGUUUUAUCGUGUGUUUACGUCGGUUUCGUGCUGUUGAGGAGUGUGUGUUGUAUCUCAGUGACGGCUCCUGCAGAGAUCAGCGUCGUCCGAGGAUCCACCGUCACCCUCUCCUGCUCCUUCACCUCCUCCAGUCGGGUGACCAGCGCCAUGUCCGUCGACUGGAGCUUCAGGCCCGAGACCGGCGGUCCUGCCAAAAUGUUCUUCCACUUCUCGUCUCAAGCGUACCCUCCGCUGGAGGAUUAUUUUAAGGACCGCGUGAAGUGGCUGGGCAGCCCGUCCCGCGGCGACGCUUCCAUCCAGCUGCUGAACGCCUCGCUCACCGAUAACGGCACGUACAUCUGCGCCGUCCGCAACCCUCCCGACUUCCACGGAAGCCCGGCCCAGACCGUCCUCACCGUCACACCGCAGAGACUGUCGCUGACCUUCACGGAUGUGGGCGUGUUGCUGGUGUUUGUUCUGGUCCCGUCAGGAAUCAUCAUGCUGCUGCUGCUGGGACGGAUCCUGUGUCCGUGCUGCUCCGACUCUCAGAGUCCCGUCGCGGCCCAACACUCGCCCAUCGAGGUGCUCGCCGGAGAGGAGUAUUUCUACGGCCAGACGGAGCAGAAACACUCGGUGUGCUGCUGUUACUUUAAGGGCUCUGAAUACGAAGACGACUACAUGCACGAGAAACCGCAUGAACACACCUUCACCGAGUCACAGUGUUAGAACUACUUCAGAGAGAGAGUGUGUGUGUGUGUGUGUGUGUGUGUGUGUGUGUGUGUGUGUGUGUGUGUGUGUGUGUGAUAGUGUGAGUGUGUGAUAGUGUGAGUGUGUGAUAGUGUGAGUGUGUGAUAGUGUGUGUGAUUGUGUGAGUGUGUGAGUGUGAGUGUGUGAGUGUGAGUGUGUGAGGGUGUGAGUGUGUGUGUGUGAGAGAGUGUGUGAGGGUGUGUGUGUGUGUGUGUGUGUGUGUGUGAGUGUGUGAGUGUGUGUGUGUGUGUGUGUGUGUGUGUGUGUGUGUGAGUGUGUGAGUGUGUGGGUGUGGGUGAUGGUGUGUGUGUGUGUGUGUGUGUGUGUGUGUGUGUGUGUGUGUGUGUGUGUGUGUGUGUGUGUGUGUGUGUGUGUGUGUGUGAGAGUGAGUGUGUGUGUGGUUCUUGCAUGGAUAAAGUUUGAAAAACCCAAACGUCAUUCUGCUGAGGAGACUUCCUGUUUGAGUGGGUAAUUUUGGUUAUUUAUGACAGAAAGCGAUGGACUGUUACUGUAAUCUAUGAAUUAAAUGACUAUAAAAGCUUACAGAAGACAUGCUGAUUUUGACAUCCAUGAAUCACCUUAGAUGGUCACAUGAGGGAUUCAAGUGAUCCGACUGGUUGAUUCUGUUCCCUGAGAUCCAGCUUGUCUUAUCAUUUAUUUUCAUCCUGAUAAAGAUGUUUGUACAAAUCCUAUUUUGUUUAGAUAAAUAUGAAAUAUUACUUUAACAUUAUUAACUUUUUUUAUAAACUAAUUAUUUUUGAUAAUUCACAUCAUAGAACAACGUUAGCAUUCAAACAUCCAAAAGUCUGGAUUGAAUCCUGUUGGAGGUUUUUUUACCGAUGGCGACGCUGCCAGUUUCUGCUGUUUGAUUAAAGAGAAAGCAUUCAGUUAAAGCUGCAGUCCUUAAGUUUUGCCUCUUUGUCUCCAUCUCUGUUUGAAACCUGCAAUUGCAGUUAUUUGUGGAAUUAUCAUCUUUAUGUGGGUUGUGCGUCAGCGCGGAUGAAUCUAAUGUUUGCUGUCAGUCACCGGUGUGGAUACUGUACUUCAGAAUCACAGAUUCUACGUCUUGGAAGUAUGACCAAAAUAAGAAUUUUCACUGGAAAAUGUCAUCUGAACAUGUAACAUGUCUGCCACUUUUGAUCUGACCAACUGAGAAAAAAAGCAUUACAAUAAAUCACACUGCCAAUGGUGAUUAAAUGUAACGAUCGCUUAGUUCGGAUUACGUCAAACGGUGCAAAUUAUUAUUAUUAUUGUUAUACUUUGUUCUCAAAUUGAUCAGCAUUAUCAGUAUUGUGUGACUGUGUGUAUUUAGUGUGUAUUAGCAUUACCUGUAGAUUUCAGUUUCUGUAGCCACUCCGCAGCCCGAAACCUUUUGACUAUGGAUGAAUCUCCAGUUGUCACUGAUGUUUGUCAUUUGGACCUUUCUGGAUUACAGUCUGCCAUCAAAAUGAUAAGUUUAAUUAUUGCAGCUGCUGUGAGAAAAGGCUAUAAAUGAUCCGCCACCUGCAGCAUCCUCACAUGAUAUAGCCUACUAGCUGUAAUGACGCAAAGACGAACGGUGGCAUGCUCGAAUUUCCCUCAGAAACCCACAGUACCACCCGAACUAGAAAACAUUAUUACAAGCUUACCGUUGUGAAUCGGGCUAAGGUAAGGAGAUAGUUUUGAACACUGGCUGGUUAUGAACUUGCUUGAUUUUGGAUAAUUUUUACCCAAAAAAAGUUAUGGACUGUAGCUUUAAUACUGAAAUAUGAUCUACAUGUUAAUUAAUUUCAUGAGCUGUUCAGUAGCUGAUGGCAGGUUGAAUCUCACUGUGUAAUAUCUCUGAAUGCUGUUGUUAACUCUCCAAACAGGGUUUAGUUGUUUUCAAUGUAUUUGCUGAAGCUUAAGGUCAAAUGUAUUAAAGCGUUAAAAAAUAUAUACAAAAUAUAAAUAAAUGACAUUUAAAUUAAACACAAA